GAUGUGGUGGGGCAUGGCCGGAACACUCCAGUUACUGACUUCGCUAGGAGUAGCUGUUUGCCUCCUCCCUGGGGUGGCUGCAACCUGGCAUCAUGCAGGGACCCCUUCCAGGCAGCUGAGGAGCACUCGUGGGAGGCUGAGGUGUUCAGGGUGGAGUAUGGCAGGAGCCUGACUAUUCUCUGCUGCCUCAGGGCAGCCCAUGGACAGCACCAGCGUGGGAGGUGGCCUGCAGGAGCCAGAGGCCCCGGAAGUAAUGUUUGAGCUGCUCUGGGCCGGGCUGGAGCUGGAUGUCAUGGGGCAGCUGCACAUCCAGGAUGAGGAACUGGCGUCCACACGUCCAGGCCGCCGACUCAGGUUCCUCCUACAGUACCGUGUGCCCAUCGACUUGGAGGGUGCUAAGAAGCGGCUGCAGCAGCUCCAGCAUCUGCGGAAAGGGCCUCCUCUUAGCCCUGGGGAUUUUGAACAUCUGCUCCUCACAGGGCUGUCCUGCGUCUACCGGCUCCAUGCAGCUGGCGAGGCUGAGGAGAGGGGCCUCUGGGCUCAGGUCUUCGCCCUCCUGGCACAGGAAACACUCUGGGAUUUGUGCAAGGGUUUCUGCCCCCAGGGCCAGCCUCCCUCUCUGGGGCCCUGGGCCUCAAUGGGAGGCCCAUUACCCUGACCCUCCCCUUCCACCUGCCAUUCUCCUCUCCCCUCCACUACUCCCACCUGAGCUAGAGCCAUCCUAAGUAGGUGCUUCCAACUGGCAUUUGCUUCUUCCCAUUCUAUUAGGUCUCUGGGUUUGGCCUGUACCCUGGACUCCCACCUAUUCCAUCACCCAUCCCACCUUGUUCCCUGGGUCCUGGUUGGUUGAGAACCCAGGUUCUAGGUUGCAGGCAGCAGGCACAGAGAAAGCUAAGGGCAAGACUUGCAGCCAGCAUCUGUGGGUGUGUUGAGGUUAGGGUUUGAGAAGUAUGUUUAAGAGAUGCUGAAAGGGAAGCUGCCCCCAAGUGGAGAUCCAGGUGAGACCAAGUCAGACCUUUCAACUCCUAUCCUGGCAAUCCAUGAGAGGUCCUGUGGAAUAUACAGGAGCCCCAGAAGUGCUCAGAACCCAGGAAUUCCUAUUUGGGCUCAGAGAAUAGACUGGACUUUUUGAGUUCUGUCUGUUAAGACAAGUGAAGAAGCAGUUAGAGGAACAACACCUCUUUCUGGGAAGAGAAGGGAGGAGAAAUGUCUUUGGGUCCACGUCAACAAGGCUCAGAAGAACAUCUCAAAGUUCAGAAUGAAGAUGGGAGGGGACAGACUAAGGACACCAAGGUGGGUGGGAGUGGGUAUAGCCCUGAUCCUGUGUAGCUCUUCCCAUAAAGUGCUCUGUUCUAGCCUCCUGGAGUCUCUGUCCUUUUGUGUCAGAGUAAGCUGCCUAACACCUGCCCGGAACAAACUGCCCUCCCAUCCUGGGAGGACAAGAGUCAGGGCAACCAGGAGGAAGAAGGAAUGUGCUAUUGCAUUGAAACCCAUACCCCAGUGCAGGGCCUGGGGUAGUGGGGUGUCGUCAUUUGUCCCAGAAAGGAAUCAGCAGGGCUCUAAGAAUGAGAUCACAGGCCAAAUGGGGAAGAUCAGACCGAUGGGGAGGGGUGAGCUGAGAGACUGAGGAACUGACUGCAACUGGACAUGAAGAGAAGGCCCACGCAGAUAAGGCGAGAAGGAUUCAAUCAUAUUCCUUGCCCUCCCAAGGCCUGACGGAAUCCUACUCUCUGACCUCCCAUCCGGGGCAGAAGCGUCGCAGUGAAAACAGAGCGCAGGACCGGGGGUAGACAGACGCCGGCGCAGGCACACUUUAUUGGCAGAGUCCAGCCGCGCCGGGCAGGCCGUCAUGCUCGCGCCUGCGGCGUCAUGCACGUCCCCUGGACGCUCCCGGGCUCUUCUCCGGGCCGAGGCUCAGAGCUCUGGGGGCCCGAGGCCUGGAAGGC